UUAAUCUUUAAAUAUACACUCUUUUCCUUGACAUUUUUGUUUACUGUUGAGUUCUCAAGGGGAAAUACAACUCUCACCUUGAGUGUACACAGUUCAUUUAGUCUGCAGCUGUUUUUCCGCAUAACCCGGAUUACUCAACGCACGUUUCCCAGGUAGUUUUCAGUACCAAAUGGAAAUGCAACAAUAUCAGGUGUUCUUUUGCCUCAGCCUCCUCGGCCUGCUCUUGAGGCUGAGAACGUGCCGGGCCAUAGAUUUCUGUGACAUUCCGUCCUGCCAGGAAAAGACACACAUUGGAUGCAACAACAGCCUGAUUUUCAAUGUGGACAAGUGCCUGCGCUUCAAUGGCCUGGUUAACAUGCAGAGCUUCCGUCAGUACCUGCUGACCGAGCACAACAAGUACCGCCAGGAUGUGGCCAGCGGGCGGUUGAACCACCUACCCACGGCCCAGAAGAUGCCCGAGCUGGUCUGGGACGACUAUCUGGCCCUGCUGGCCGAGUAUCAUCUAAAAAGCUGCCAGAUGCAUCUGCCUACCAACUCCUGCGUGGCCACCGAUGACUUUCCCCAACCCCGUUCCAACUAUGGAGAAGACUUCUUCCCCCGACCCCAUAAGCGGCAGUCUAAUGUUCGCCCGUUGACGGGUCUCAUUGAAGAGUGGAUGGACGAGAUCUACGAACUGCAGGCUUUAGACUCGGAAAUGGCGGGCGAUAACAUUGCCAACAUCAUCACCGAUCGCUGCACCCACAUGGGCUGUGCCGCCGGCCAGGACUACGACCUGUGGAAUGUCCACUUUGCCCUCGUCUGCUACUACAGCGCAGGACCUCCGCCGCAUGGAACGCUCUACGAGCCGGGCAGCUUCAAUGUCAGUCUGUGUGCCCAUGGGAAAAGCCAGGGGUACCCAAACCUGUGCAAGACCCUACCCCUAAAUCACUGAGUCUGAGAGCCGGAAAAAUAAAUAUUGCAAAGGCUUUGGGUAUAAUUAAAUGUGCGGCAGCACUUGGGCAAUAAGAGCGAAAAGGUAGAGAUGAAAGUUUGGCUACUUUGGUUAGAGUUUCUAUCUAAAAUACCUUGUAAAAUAAAUAUAAAGUAACCUUGAUAAAAAUCAUGAUCAAAUUAAGGUAUUAGAUAAAUAUACAAACUGAACAUUAAACACCACAAAUUACAAUUAGUUUAUAAGUUUAUGCAAAGUUUAGUUUAACAAUAUAAUUAAUUAGGUUGCAAUUUCAAA